AUGACCCUCUGACAGAUUCAUUACUCUAUGAUUAAAUAAGAAGAGACACUUUACAAGACAUAUAAUACACUUUACAGGGCAAAUAUAACUUUCCAGUUAAAAAACAAUUAGUGAUGUAUCAAAUAAGAACAGGUGUAUUUAUAAACCAAACUUUUGUUUCGUAGUAUACUAUAAAAAUAACUACUUCCUCUUGUCAGCCAUAAAAAUGAUCCGUUGCAGCAAGCAGUAUGUAAACAUUGAUGGAAACUAAAGUAAACUGUGAUUUUUUUGAUGUUAUUAAAUGGACAAAUUUCGGAUUAGCAAAAUUGAUAUUUUACCAUCAACUGACUUAAAAUUAUUGAUUUAUACCUUUUGAAUCUCCAUUUUGAAUAGGUUUUACAUUUCUGACAUUAAGGUCACUACGGUUAACAAAAGAUGCGCGCGCAUAAAGGUGUCGCUUUUAAAAAGUUAAGAACGACAACUUCUCUAAAAUGGCCUAAUAUACAUUGUGACCGAUUAUUGAUUGUACUGGAAUAACUUUUAUCUAAAUAUAGAUCUUCAUUUUUAUCUCAUACAUUGUCCUUUAUCUGUCAGUGUAACAUGGGAAAAUACAAAGAUCAUUAGUUUAAAACAAAUUAAUUACUAAUUUUCGCUUUGUACGGCGUAUUGUGAGGUGAAUUUUGCCAUUCAGUAUGGAACUUAGUAUUAUAAAAGGACCACAACUGGUAAUCGCUUUAGACAUAGGAACUACUUACUCUGGAUACGCUUGGCAACACAGAUCUGAGUUUGAGACCAAUAGGAACAAUGUUCAUUUUAACACAAGCUGGGGUGCAGGUGCUUUACAGCUUCACAAAACAUCAACGUGUAUUCUCAUCAAGUUCAAGAAAGAAACAGAGAAAGCGGAAAACAAAAAACCUGAUAUCAAAGUUUCAAUUGAUGAAAACAAAUUAAGUAUCACGGAAGAUGUAGAAACAAAAAUAGGACAGGAGGCAGAAAGGGUAUAUAGCGGAAUUGCAAAGCAGAAUAAAAUUGAUGAGAUGUAUGGGCAAUACUACUUUUUUAAAGGUUUUAAAAUAGCUCUGUACAAUAAGCAUUUUAACCGUUCGAUAGAGGACCAGAUAGAUCAACCAUUUCGCUUGUUUGAUGUAAUGGCAUUGUUCAUCAAAGCAUUAAAGGAUCAUUGUUUGAAGAAACUACAGACACAAGGGAUGACAGUUGACAUGAAAAAAACACUUUUUGUCGUUACUGUUCCUGCAAUAUGGACAGAGGAAGCAAAGAAGUUCAUGAUAGAUGCAUCGAUAGCGGCUGGUAUUGGUAACAAGAACUUGUUAUUGGCGUUGGAACCAGAAGCUGCUGCUAUAUAUUGUUUAAAUCUCCCUGAGGGUGAAAGAAAAGACAUGCAUGAUCUUGGUAUGAAAGGACAGAAGUUUCUAGUGGCAGACUUGGGAGGUGGAACAGCCGAUUUAUUUGCAGUGGAAGUCGAAGAGUCAGGUUCUGUUAGGGAAAUAUGUCCUCCACUAGGUGAUCAAGUCGGCGGUCAAAAUAUAAAUAGGGCUUUCCUGCAAGUUUGUUAUGAUUCAUUUGAAGGAGAUGACUGGGCUAAGACAUUUGGUAAAGCUACUCCAGUUGAAAUGUGGAAAAUGGAAGCCGAGUUUGAGAAAAAGAAGGUUGCUAUUGGGUCAGACGAUCCAGAUGGUGAAAUGAUUGAUCUGGAAGUUCCUGCAUCUAUACGUGAUAGCUUGCAUGAUCAGUCAGUCAAAUUAAAGGAUACAGGAUACAUUGCCUUUGAGGAUAGAGAGUUUAUGUUUAACUCGGGUCUUGUCCGGAAAAAUCUUUUUCAAGAAACAUGUAAAAUUGUUUAUGGAACUAUAAAGAAAGUGCUUGAUAAAACUGAAGCAAACGGAUUGAGAACUGUCGUACUUGUUGGAGGUUUUGCUGAAUCACCAAUCGUCGUUGAAAAUAUCCGGAAAAUGAUUGCCAAUGAUUUUCAAGGAAUAAAGGUUGUUAUACCAUCAUCACCUUUUAAAGCUGUCUUAAAUAGAGCAGUACUCUUUGGUCAUAAUCCUAUGAUAAUCAGAAGCAGAAUCAGCAGGGAAACAUAUGGAAUAGAAACAAACGUUAAGUUUGAUCCAAAUAUACAUGACGAGCAAAAAAAAUGGAACCAGAAGAUAACCGGAGAAGAUUAUUGCAAAAAUAUAUUCCAUAUACAUGUUCGCAAAGAUCAAUCUGUGGUUUUGUGUAAUGCACAACCAGUUAAAAAAUACAUCCCUGUGUACAAACAUCAAAAUAACUUACGUCUUCCUAUUUACAAGUCGUUGUCAUCAACAAACCCAAAGUACACAGACGAAGGCGACUGUGAAAAAGUAGGAGAGAUCAAUGUAGUCUUUGAAAAUACAACAGAAGAUUCAGAGAAAAGUGUAGAUGUGUCAAUGAUUUACGGAGGAACAGCAUUAUCCGUCAUUGCUAAAGAUAACGCUUCGGGAAAGGAGUACAUAGCUGAUAUAAAAUUCAAUAGAGUUAAGUGAGAAGAGAAUAUGAUAUAUGUCAAAUGAUUAAAUCGCUUUAUCUUAUCUAUAGUGGUAAAAUAAUACUUUUUCAUAAACCAUUUUGACAUGUUAUUUAUCACAUAUUUGCUUGACAUUUGAUAUUGUGUGAAGAGAAAUGAUUUUUUUAUAUGUCAUAACUUGUAUUUAAAGGCACUGUGUUAAAUUCAGGUGAUUGUAAUGCAAGGACAUCAUGCAAACAUGACUAUAUAUUAUGUGAUCAAUUUGUGCCCGACAUCGACUCAGAUAAUUAUUGCAUAUAUACACCCUUGCCAAGAUUUUCAAUGGACAAGGGGAGUAACUCAUAUGGUAAUAAAUCACUAGACAUGUGCAAAGCUACUUACUUAGAAUAGCAACGGUCGCUUAGGUGACGAUUUCGGGAAAGGUGUUUUUACAUGCUAUAAUUACAAUGGUGCUAGCUUGAUAGAUUUAUUAUUAUGUGAAAAAGAUUUUGAAAUGUUAAACAAUUUUCAUGUCUGUAAUUUUAAUGAAUUCAGCAACCAUGCUGCUUUUAAUUUUGACAUUUUGUGUAACUCGGUUAACGAAAAUGGUUCCGAAGUAUUUAAUUAUGAGUAUAUCAAAUGGAGCGAUAAUAAAGAAUUAUAUCGUUCUGGAAGAAUAGAAAAAUUGCCUGUUUUAAAUGAUAUUUUAUUGAAAUGUAAUGUAAAUAAUGUACACAGUGUAAAUAAUACGGUGAAAUUAUUCACGGGUGUUGUGAGGGAAGUGGCAGAUCCUCUUUUUUUUAAAAAAAAAAGGUUGUACAUUUCCAAGAUUUGAUGUAUCUGGAAUUGAUUAUUCCUGUAUAUGGUUUGAUUUAGACUGUAGGGAAGCAAAUCAAUUGCACAAAAAUGGAUUUAAACAGUUAAAUAUGUCACACAAAGAGACUGAUCGAUUAGAAUUAGUUCAACUCAAAGCUAGGUAUAAAUAUGUUGUUAAGAAAAAGCGUCGUUCUUUUAAAUGGAAACUAACCAAAAAAAAUUUAAAUUUAAAAAAGAGUUAGCCACGUGAUUUUGGGGGCUAUUUUAAAAAGCAACAGGGAAGUAUAGAUCUAAUAAUUUUGAAAACACUUUACACGAUUUUAAAACAUAUUUUUAAACUUUGUUCUCUGAGGCAAAUUUUUCCUUGAAUGAAAGAGAAAAGAAUUUAACAAUGUCCAUGAUUUAAAUGAUUUUAACCCUAUUUUUCUGAAUUAGAUGGAAAUAUUACUUUACAGGGAGUGCUUAAGGCAAUUUCUAUGCUUAAAAGAAAUAAAGCGGCAGGAAUAGUAUUUUAAAUCAGACAUAACUAAAUGGUGUAAUGAAAAUAACAUUAUUUCUUCUACGAGUGCUAUUUUUUUUUUGUUACAUUCUAUAUUGUAUGGUGUUUUUAUUGUUUUAAAACGUUGUUUUGAUUUUAUAUACAGGAAUGCAAUUUGGUUUAAGAUGUAUUAUGCUGGUUUGAACGGUAAAUUAUUAAGCAUAAUAAGAAGUAAGUACAACUCUGUUUAAAAAUAGUGUGUAAAGUCCUGUGGUAGCUAUUCUGGGUUUUUUUUAUAUUGAUAUUUCGAUUGGUCUACUUAAUAUGUUUUCCUUGUUUAUUGAAGGUUUAGAACUGUAUUUGCAAAAUAAUUUAAAUUCUGGUAUAAACCUUAAAGACAUUUGCCUUAUUUUACUUUUGUUCGCUGAUAUGGUUGUUGAUGAUAUGGUAUUAAUUGAUGAAAAUCCUCUAGAUCUCCAGAGUUCAUUAAAUAAGCUUCAUGAAUAUUGUAAUAAAUGGAGAUUAGAGCUUAAUGUAAAUAAAACCAAAAUAGUAGUUUUCCGUAAGAGGGGUGUUUAAAGAGCAGGGGGAAAACUGGUUAUAUGGUCAAGAUAAUAUAGAAAUGGUAAAUGAUUUUAUUUAUCUAGGUGUCACAUUGAAAUAUACUGGAAAUUUUAACUUAAAUACUCAAACUUUAUAUGGUAAAAGUUUAAAAGCCCUAUAUAAUUUAGUGGCAAAUAUCACAAAAUAUGAAACAAAACCAAAAAUAGGCUUACAGUUGUUUGACAAUUUUAUCGGCUCUAUUUUAAUGUAUGCAAGUGAAGUAUGGGGUUUUUGUAGGUCCAAAAAGUUAGAAAAUAUUCAUUUGAAAUGUUGUAUAUUUGUUAGAAAAUCUACUAGUAACGUAGCUGUGUAUGGUGAACUUGUAAAUAAACAGAUAUGUCCGAAUUGUAAAAUUAUGGUUUAAGAUUAUAAGUUCAAAUAAUAUUUUUAUAAAUUCAUUUGUUAAUUCAUGUAUGUCUGAUACAAUGAUAGGGUAUACAAACUGGUUUGCAAAUGUACGAAAUCUUUUAGAAAAAUACGUUUUAUUUUGGAUGUAUGGUUAAACCCUUUAAGCGUAAAUCAAAAUUAGUUUAUUGUUGUUUUUAAACAGAGAUUAAUAGAUGAAUAUUUACAAGAAUGGAGAGCUGGUAUAAAUUCUAAUGAUGUAUUAUUUUUAUAUAAAUCGGUAAAGGACAGUUUUGGAAUUUCACCUGAUUUAGAAAAUAUUGUUUCCAGAAGACUAAGAAUAGAUUUGACAAAACUGCGUAUUUAAGCUCAUAAUCUUAGAAUACAGACAUGUAGAUAUUCACGUGAAAGAGUAGAUCGUAAUUUAAGAUAUUGUUUAAUUUGCAAUACAAAUGCAAUUGAGGACGUAUUCCAUUUUGUGUUUAAGUGUCCUGCAUAUGAAAAUUUCUAAGAAAUAUAUAUAUAUUAAGAAUUAAUAUAGAAAUAGACUUUACCCAAUUAUUACGAAGUGAUAAAAAUAAAGAAAAAAUAAUGCUUUGUCAAUAUAUAAAAAUGCGGCUUUCAAAUUACGAUACCAGAUUAUUUAUGCUUAGAUAUGUAUAAUAUUUUGUAUUUCAAACUACAUUUAUGUAUACCUUACAUGAUUUUUUUAAUGUGUAUAGAGAAUUAUUUAUCACACACCCGUAAAUAUGGUAUUGCACGGCCGUGCAUAUAUUUGACGCGACGUCAUUAGCGUUAUACAAACAUAGUGUAAAGACGCGCUAAAUGUUAGCGUUAUACUAUAAAAAUGACUCUUAUUUCACUUUAAACGGUCUUUAUUUUGGUUAUGUGAUAAAUAGAAUAUUAAAUUCGUGUAAGUUCAUUACUGAAUUUAUUGCACGAGUUGAAUAAAAUAAUAUUAUGCGAGCCUCUGGCGAGCAUAAUAUGAUUUUAUUCAACUCGUGCAAUAAAUUCAGUAUUGAACUUAAUCUAAUUCAAUGUCCUUUAUGUAUUAGCCAUCAUGCCUUUUAUUCUUGUCAUUUAUUAUUAUUAUGUUUCGUCCAUCCAACAUAUCAUGUAAAAAACUUACUUUCAUGUCAUUGUAUUUUUCAUGCCAUUAUAUGUGUAUGCUUGUAUAUAUGUUGACGAGAAACUUGUAGUUUAAGUGAUAAAUAAACGUUCUUCCUCUUCUUCUUUAAAUACUAUAGAUUGUUUUUUAUGCUUAGUUUGUCUAAAAAUAAGAUCAUCAAUUGAUAUGCUUUUAUCUGUUGUUAAUUAUUAUUAUAUGGACUUUGUAGUUAUUCAUCAUUGAUUUUAUUCCAAUCCAUAAAAGUUUGAUCAAAGUGAAUAUAAUGGAGAUCAUACGGAAAUAUUUUAUAUCUCAGACUUGUAUUGCAAUUUGGCCUAGUCAGCAGGAGUGAUGCUUUUCCCAUAUUGUAUGGUGUCAUAGACCUAUUUUGAUUUGAAAGAACAGUACCAGUAUAAAACAUUCUAAAAUUAUUAAAGAAUAUAAAGAUGUC